AUGGUGCAUGAAGUUGUUAUAACUUCUACUACAUAUUAUGUUUUACCUCCAACAAUGGAAAUUUCUAAUAGGGUGAUCCGUCAGUUUCGUAAUACGGAAAAUCAAUUUUUACGUGUCCAAUUUGUAGAUGAGGCUUUAAGUAAAAUCAAGUCUUCUUUAUCUGAUAGUGAUACUUCUAACGAUGCUUUAUAUAAUAGAGUUUAUCGUGCUUUACGUGAUGGUAUUAAUAUUGGUAAUAGGCACUACGAAUUCUUGGCUUUCUCUUCUAGUCAAUUAAGAGAUCAUAGUUGUUGGUUUUUUUCAUCAACUAGUAGUUUAACUGCUGAUAUGGUUAGAGGUUGGAUGGGUAAUUUUUCAACAAUUAAAAGUGUAUCAAAAUAUGCUGCCCGAAUGGGCCAGUGUUUUUCAAGUACUCGUGCUAUUCAAAAGCUACCUAUUAAUGACAUUAAAGUAAUUCCUGAUAUAGUUAGGAAUGGUUUCAAUUUUUCUGAUGGGGCAGGGAAUAUCUCUUUUUCUUUAGCAAGGAAGAUUGCUCGUGAUUUAGAUUUAAAUACUAUUCCAAGUGCAUUUCAAUUUAGAAUGGCUGGGUAUAAGGGUGUUUUAUGUCAGUCAGCUCAUGUAAAAAAUAAUAAACUUCAAGUUCGUCCUAGUCAACAUAAAUUUGAAUCAAAUCAUAAUGAGUUGGAAGUUGUCAGAAGUUCUACAUUCAUCUCAGCAUAUCUUAAUCGUCAGGCGAUUACAUUAUUGUCCGCAUUAGGAAUUCCUGAUGAAGUAUUUAUUGAUUUAAAAGAUUUACGAGUUAGGGAAUUGGAUAAAAUGCUUGAAAGUGAACAUACGGCGUUGGAAGUUUUACAAAGGAAUGUUGAUGAAUAUGGAAUUUCAACCUCACUUGCUGAUCUUGUCAAAGCGGGAUUUUUAAGAAAUAAUGAUCAUUAUUUAAUGAAUUUGAUAUCAUUAUUUCGUAUCAUGAUGCUAAGGGACAUAAAGAAAAAAGCAAAAAUUCGCAUUGAUAAAGGGGCAUUCUUAUUAGGCGUCUUGGAUGUUACCGAUACUUUACAAGAAAAUCAAAUUUAUUGUUGUAUAUCUGACCCAGGUAAUCCAUCUAAUCAAAAGGUAAUAACUGGAAGGUGUAUUGUAUAUCGAAAUUCCUGCUUUCACCCAGGAGAUAUACGUAUAGUUACAGCUGUAAAAUGUAAGGCCUUAAGUCAUUUAGUAGAUGUAAUAGUAUUCCCAUCCCUUGGUUAUCGUGAUAUUCCUAGUGAGUGUAGCGGUGGGAAUCUAGAUGGUGAUGAUUUCACUAUAAUAUAUGAUGAGCGUUUAAUCCCUAUUAAGGCUUAUGAGCCUAUGAACAUCAAUCAGAAUAGAAAACCAAGAAUGUUAGAGAAUGAAGAUGAGAAUGAGGAUGAAAUUCAAAGUGUAACGAUAGAAGACAUCAAAAAAUUCUUCGUAAACUAUCUGUUUUCGGACAAACUCGAAUUGAUCGCGAACGCUCAUUUAGCGAAAGCAGAUUCUUCCGAUGUUGGUGCAUUAAAUGGGAAAUGUAUACGUCUGGCACAAUUACAUUCUGGUGCCGUAGAUUACCCUAAAACGGGAACACCACCAGUAUUUCCACCUGAACUUCGCGCUGAUGAAUUUCCAGAUUUUAUGGAAAAAUCUGAUAAAAAAUCAUAUAAAUCAAAUAAAGUUCUGGGUAUUUUAUAUCGCUCUAUUAAUGUAUCAGAAGAGUAUACCCCUUUAAAUGUAAAAAAUUUCGAUAAAAGAUUAUAUGCAGAUGGGUUCGAAGAAUUUUUAGAUGAUGCAAGAAAGUUAAAACGAGAGUAUGAUGCUAACAUAAGAGGACUCAUGAAUCAAUUCGGAAUUAAUAAUGAAAUUGAAGUAACAAGUGGAUAUAUCGUGAAUACUAUUACGAAUAUCGAUAAAAAGAAACCUCGCGAUGUAACCAAAUCUGUGAUGGAAGCGUUAAUUCCAAUUAAACGACAUUAUAAAAAAUUAUUUGACCAAGAAUGGGAAUCUAAUAAGGAUCAUAGUAGGGUGGAAUCUAAAGCAAGCGCUUGGUAUUUUGUGACAUAUCAUCCUUCUGAAUUGGAUGUAGACCCAUCUAAGAGGAUGUUUUCAUUUCCUUGGAUAGCAUAUGAUGUACUGUGUGGAAUUGCAAAUAGAAAUAGUCGUAAAAUUCAUGUGUCCAUGGAACUCAUGGACUUUUUUGGACCUUGUAAUUCAAAAUGUAGCUAUAAUCUUGAUGAAGGCCAAGAUUUAAUUUCUUGGUUGUAAAUUAUUUUUUUUAUAAAAAAAAUAAAUAAAAUUUUUAUGAUUAAAUAUUUUAAAUA